GAUAUCCUCAAAGAUAAAGGUUUGGCAUAAAUAACAACCAUUUCAUGUUGCUUAUAAGUACAAAUAAAGGCAAGAGAGAAUUGCAGCUAGAGCUGGAAACCACUAAAACAGAAAUAGACGCAGAAACAGAGCACAUGAAGAAGACGAAGCAGAGCAGCGGCGGCGCCGUUCAUGUGGUGAUGGUUCCCGCCCCACUUCAAGGCCACCUCACCCCUUUCGUCCACCUCGCACUCAAACUCGCCUCUCGCGGCUUCACCGUCACUUUUCUCAACACCCACGCCACCCACUCCAAGUUAAUCGGCUCCGCCGCCGGAAAUAAUUCAUCCGACAUAUUCUCCGACGCCCGGGACCGCUCCGGGCUGGAUAUCCGGUAUGCCAUCAUCGGCGACGGUUUGCCCCCGGGGUCCGACCAUGGGAUAAACGAAGACAUGUUCAUCCACGGGUUGAUCCACGUCUUCUCCGCACACGUCGACGACUUCAUCGGAAGCCUCCGGCGGAACUCGGAGGUGAACCCACCGGUGUCGUGCCUCUUGGCUGAUUCUUUCUUCGUGUGGCCGUCGGCGGUGGCCAGAAAACACGGCCUGGUUAACGUGUCUUUUUGGACCCAAUCGGCUUUGGCUUUCACCAUGUACUUUCACAGGGAGCUUUUGAGCGCUCAUGGUCACCUCGGGCCUCAAGACAAUGAUGGAGAGGAUGAAGUUAUAGAUUACAUACCUGGAGUGGAAGCAAUCAAAACCAGAGACAUUCCUUCUCACCUUCAAGACUCCCAGCCAUGGACACUAAUGAACACAUACGUUUUCAAAUCCCUCGAAGACGCCGUCAAAGCCGACAUCAUCGUCUCCAACACCGUUCUUGAGCUGGAGUCCUCCGCAAUCACUGCACUCCAACAAAAGAAGCCGUUCCACCCAGUCGGCCCGGUCUUCCGAGACGACGUUGUUCGGAAGACCGGUGUUCCGACCAGUUUCUGGCCGGAGUCGACCGAUUGCCGCCCGUGGCUCGACGCCCGGCCGGAGAACUCGGUCCUCUACGUCUCCUUCGGGAGCCUGGCGAGCGUGGACAAGCACGCGAUCCGCGAGAUCGCCCGCGGGCUCGCCCUGAGCGGGGCGAGCUUCCUGUGGGCGAUCCGCGGGGACAUCAUGGGCUCGUCCGCGGACGGGCCCGAUCUCUUCCCCGCGGGAUUCGGCCGCGAGACCAAAGGAAGGGGGCUCGUCGUGCCGUGGUGCAACCAGACCGAAGUGCUGUCCCACCGGGCGACCGGUGGGUUCUUGACGCACUGCGGGUGGAACUCGGUCCUGGAGAGCGUGUGGUGGGAGGUCCCAAUGCUGUGUUUUCCUCUGUUUACGGAUCAACCCGCGAACCGGAGGUUCGUGGUCGAGGACUGGAACGUCGGGAUCAACCUUUGCGAUGGAAAGGCGGUCGAGAGGGAAGAAGUUAGGGGGAAAGUGAAGCUUCUCAUGAGCAUGGGGGAGACAAGGGAAGGAUUGGGAGAGAAGGUGAGAUUAGCAAAGGAGAAACUGCAGAGAGCUGUGUGUGCAAAUGGGUCUUCAGAGAAGCAUUUGGAGGCAUUCAUGCAUGAGGUCAAGCUCAAGGCUCAGCAGAAACUCAACUUCACUGAAAACUAGCUGUCUUCUAGGAUGUGUUUGGUUGGAAAAUCAUUCAUUGGCACUAAUAAAUGAGACUACACUAAUACGGAGUAAAAUAUAUAUGCAUUGAUAUAUUUAUUGUCAUUAUAGGAUGUCAGCGGAAGCUAUAAUUACAAAGAUGGUUAUGCAUGAGUACAAACAUGGUAUGAAAUGUAAAACAUGUUACUCCUUUCAUUUGUAGUAAUAAUGUUUCACAAUGUCU